GAAAAGGCCGUACCCGGAGGACGUCGACAACCUAAUUUUCCUGCUUUGCUCAAUAAGCUAAUAAAGAAUGAACGGCAGUUUGGAACGUGGCUUAUGAAGAAUACAACCGCUCUAGGCUCAUUGGUAUCAUCGACGGCGGAUGCGUUCUGGAAUAAGAAGCCUAAAAAGAUGAAAUCAAAACAACAUAAACUUACGAUAUCAAGCAUAUCGAAACCGAAACUGACAUUCCCGGUAUCAAACAUAUUAUUGAAACCGGAACCGGCAGAGAUCAAUCAUGAGGCUCGUGAGAUUUUGGAUACAUAUAUUGACCGCGUAAUACCCGCUUAUGAACUUGAUAAAAUGUCGUCCUUCGUAACCCUCAAAGAUUUGCCCAUGGUAGCUCCCUUGGCUAAAACGAUUGCACUUGAAAUUAUGAAAGAAAAGAUUGCUGAAGACCCCAAUAGCUUUAUGACAGAGGACAAUCCAGAGAUGCAAAAUGAAAUUAAUAACGUGAUAGAAUACUCCGUAACCAAGAUAUUAGACAAGAUUGGAUAAAAAUUCUACCGCUGCAAUUAUUGACAAAGUCUACAACUAAGAAGACUUUAUUGGUGAAAUAAAAAAUGAAUCUAUA